GCUCUCUACUCAAAAACAGCCCGGAUGUUCGGCCUGGCGUCCCGAUGGUGAAGCGUGAGAAGGAAGCCUUGAAAAAAGAGGCUCUACGGAAAGAGAAGAACGCACAGAACCGGCAGAAGAGCUACAAAGAGCAGGAGCGAGAGAGUCGGGAGGCCGCGCUGCAGAGCUCCUUAAGCAGCCAAAAUAAAGGCUUCGCGCUCCUGCAGAAGAUGGGAUAUAAAGCAGGCCAAGGCCUGGGGAAACAGGGUGCUGGACGCGUCGAGCCGGUUCCUCUGAACAUCAAAACAGACAGAGGCGGCAUUGGAAUGGAAGAACUCAAGAAGAGGAAAGCAGACGAGGAGCUUCAGAAUUACAGGAGAAAAGCACAAAUGAAGCAACAGGGGGAAAAGAAAUCAAUAGAGGAUUUUAGGUAUGAUGAUAUCAAAUCAAGCUCAUGGUUUUUAACCCUAUAAAGCUGCUGUAUCAUA